AUGAGUUCGAUGAUACAUUUUAUUAGCAGUAGACUUCAACAUACAAGGCAUAUAGCUUCAAUUAAAUGGCAUGCAUAUUUGUUUUCAACCUCAUCUGUCAAUCCCGUCUCUAGUAGUUCGAAUUCAGUGUUAAACCUUUUGAAAACCCAUGGUUUGACUCAGAACCAUAUACAAAAUCUGAUAGCAAUUCGUCCUCAGAUACUUCUAGCUGAUCCACACAAAACCCUCAAACCCAAUAUUGAGUUGUUUCAAUCUUUAGGAAUUUCUGGCACUAACCUUGUCAAAGUGCUCAAAAUAGAGCCGCGUGUGCUUGGAAUUGAUGCACAUGCAGUUGUUGAGUUUUUCAAAACUUGUGGUUUCAGUGAAAAGCAAAUUUCAAGUUUAACCAUGAAGUGUCCAAAAUUAUAUUUAUUCAAUGCACAGAGAAACUUUAAGCCAAAAUUGGAAUAUUUGAAAUCUUUGGGCUUUUCAGAAGAAGAAAUUGCAAAGAUAUUGUCAUCUAUACCUUCUAUCCUUCAAAGCAGCCUUGAAAACCAACUCAUACCUGCUGUUCAGGUCAUUAGAAGUAUUGUUGGCACCAAUGAGGAUUUCUUGAAACCAAUCAGGGCGUGGUAUGGAAUACUUGUAUUUAAAUUGGAGAAGGUGUUGGAACCAAAUAUUGCAAUCUUGUUGAAUCAUGGUGUACCCAAGUCAUUAGUUGUAAAAUGGUUCAUGUAUCAACCAAAGUCCCUACUUUUAAAAAGUGAUCGGUUUAGUGAGGUGGUUAGGGAAGUCGAAAAAAUGAAUUUUGAUCCCACAACCCGGCAAUUCAUGUUAGCCAUGGAUACAAUGGCAAUGAUGAGCAAAUCACUUUGGGAGCAAAAAUUGGGAGUUUAUUCUAGUUUUGGUUUGUCAGAAGAUGACAUUAUCGCAGCAUUCAAGUUACAACCAAUGUGUAUGAGUACUUCAGCGGAGAAGAUCAGGAAAUUAAUGGACUUCUUUGUUAAUCAGCUGAAAUUGAAGCCUAACGUAAUUUCCAAGCAUCCAAAUCUGUUGCUAUUUAGCUUGGAGAAGAGGAUUGUUCCGAGGUGUGCAGUUCUGCAACUUUUGAUGUCGAGAAAUCUGAUCAAGGGAGACCUGAGCUUAAUUUCUGCACUCCGAAUGACUGAAACGAUAUUCGCGGGGAAGUUUGUGAGCAAGUAUCAGAAUGUGAUUCCUGAAGUCAUUGAGGCACAUCAAGAUACACCAACAUUUGAAGCUUUUACUCAUCCAAAGAUUUCCCGAUCAGACAUAACAGAGGUGCUACUGCGAUAUCAGUGCUACUUUUGCAUAUUGAAACAGGGGGCUUUAUGGAACGAAUUGAACUUCUACUGUACUAAAGCUGCAGAUGUGGCGUUCGAAGCGUAG